ACUCUAAAGAUUCACAUGAGGAUCCACACUGGAGAGAAACCAUACACAUGUGAUCAGUGUGGGAAGAGUUUUUCAGAAAAGAGAAACCUUAAGAAACACAUGAUCAUCCACAUUGGAGCGAAACUGUAUGAAUGUGAUCAAUGCAGAAAAACAUUUCAGCGUGCUUCAAACCUGAAGGAUCACCUGAAAAUACAUACUAAGGAGAAACCACAUUCAUGUUCUUUGUGUGGAAAGAGAUUUUCACAUCUGCAUAGUUUAAAAGUUCAUAAAAAAAUGCACACUGGUGUGAGAGAAUAUAUGUGUUUUGAGUGUGAGAAGACAUUUAUUACAGCUGAACAUUUGAAACAGCACCAGAGGAUCCACACUGGAGAGAAACCUUACAUGUGUACACACUGUGACAAGAGAUUCAGUCAGUUAGGAUCCCUAACGAAACAUGAGAAGAUUCACACUGGAGAGAAACCUUACAAAUGUUCACACUGUGACAAAAGAUUCAGUCAGUCAGCAUAUCUGAAAACACAUGAGAAGAUUCACACUGGAGAGAAACCUUACAAAUGUUCACACUGUGACAAAAGAUUCAGUCAGACAGGAUCCAUGAAAACACAUGAGAGGAUCCACACUGGAGAGAAACCUUACAAGUGUUCACACUGUGACAAGAGAUUCAAUCAGUUAGAAAAUCUGAAAACACAUCAGAGGAUCCACACUGGAGAGAAACCUUACAAUUGUUCACUUUGCGACAAGAGAUUCAGUCGAUUAGACAAUCUGAAAACACAUGAGAGCAUCCACACUGGAGAGAAACCUUACAAGUGUUCACAAUGCGACAAGAGAUUCACUCAGUCAGGAUUCCUGAAAACACACGAGAGAGUUCACACUGGAGAGAAACCUUUCAUCUGCACUCAGUGUGGAAAGAGUUUGAUGAGCAAACGGAGUCUUGUGUUUCACACGAGGAUCCACACUGGAGAGAAACCGUUCACAUGCGAACAGUGUGGAAAGAGAUUCACAUGCAAACAGACUAUCAUUGAUCACAUGAGGAUCCACACUGGAGAGAAACCAUACACGUGUGAUCAAUGCGGGAAGAGUUUCACAUACAAACGGACUAUCAUUGAUCACAUGAGGAUCCACACUGGAGAGAAACCGUUCACAUGCGAACAGUGUGGAAAGAGAUUCACAUGCAAACGGACUAUAAGUGUUCACAUGAGGAUCCACACUAGAGAGAAACCGUUCACAUGCGAACAGUGCGGGAAGAGUUUCACUCAGUCAUCAAGCCUUAAGAUGCACAUGAACAUCCACACUGGAGAGAAACUGCAUGAAUGUGGGCAAUGCAGAAAAACAUUUGCAAGGGCUUCAAGUCUGAAGGAGCACAUGAUAGCUCAUUCAAAGGAAAAACCACAUGCAUGUUCUUUGUGUGGAAAGAGUUUUUCACAUCUGCAGCAUUUAAAAGUUCAUCAGAAGAGACACACUGGUGUGAGAGAAUAUAUGUGUUUUGAGUGUGAGAAGACUUUUAUUACGGAUACAGAACUGAAGCAGCACCAGAGGAUCCACACCGGAGAUAAACCUUACAAGUGUUCACACUGCGAAAAGAGAUUCAUUCGGUUAGGACAUCUGAAAUCACAUGAGAAGAUCCACACUGGAGAGAAACCUUACAUGUGUUCACACUGCGACAAGACAUUCAGCCGCAAACAGAGUCUCAUGUUUCACACGAGGAUCCACACUGGAGAGAAACCAUACACAUGUGAUCAGUGCGGGAAGAGUUUCACCCAACCAUCAACCCUUAAGGAUCACAUGAACAUCCACACUGGAGAGAAACCGUUCACAUGUGAUCAAUGUGGAAAGAGUUUCAAAAAACAAGGACAUCUUAAGAGACACCUGGACAUCCACACUGGAGAGAAACUGCACCCAUGUGAUCAAUGUGGCAAGACAUUUUUGAGGACUUCAGACCUGAAGUGUCACCUGAAAGUUCAUACAAAGGAGAAACCACAUUCAUGUUCUUUAUGUGGAAAGAGAUUUUCACAACUGUAUAAUUUAAAAGUUCACCAGAAAAUACAUACUGGUGUGAAAGAUCAUAAGUGCUUUGUGUGUAAGAAGACUUUUAUUACAACUGCAGAAUUGAAGCAGCACCAGAGGAUCCACACCGGAGAGAAACCUUACAAGUGUUCACAAUGUGACAAGAGAUUCAGUCAGACAGGACAUCUGAAAUCACAUGAGAGGAUUCACACUGGAGAGAAACCUUACAAGUGUUCACACUGUGACAAGAGAUUCAGUCAGACAGCACAUCUGAAAUCACAUGAGAGGAUCCACACUGGAGAGAAACCGUAUCACUGCACUGUAUGUGGGAAGAGUUUCAGUGAUUUAUCUUCUCUACGCAGUCAUAAAAUAAUCCACACUGGAGAGAAACCAUACAGAUGUGAUCAGUGCGGGAAGAGUUUCACACAAUCAACAUACCUAAAGAUACACAUGAACAUCCACACUUUAGAAAAACUGUACCCAUGUGAUCAAUGUGGAAAAACAUUUUUGAGGGCUUCAAACCUGAAGCAGCACCUGAAAGUUCAUUCAAAGGAGAAACCACAUUCAUGUUCUUUGUGUGGAAAGAGUUUUUCACAUCUGCAGAGUUUAAAAGUACAUCAGAAGAUACACACUGGUGUGAGAGAAUAUAUGUGUUUUGAGUGUGAGAAGAUUUUUAUUAGAGCUGAAAGUUUGAAACUGCACGAGAGGAUCCACACUGGAGAGAAACCUUACAAGUGUUCACACUGUGACAAGAGAUUCAGUCGGUUAGGAUAUCUGAAAUCACAUGAGAGGAUCCACACUGGAGAGAAACCUUACAAGUGUUCACACUGUGACAAGAGAUUCAGUCAAUCCGAACAUCUGAAAACACAUAAGAGGAUCCACACUGGAGAGAAACCUUACAAGUGUUCACACUGCAACAAGAGAUUCAGUCAGUCAGGAUCCCUGAAAUCACAUGAGUGGAUUCACACUGGAGAGAAACCUUACAAGUGUUCACACUGUGACAAGAGAUUCAGUCAGUCAGGAUCCCUGAAAUCACAUGAGAGGAUCCACACUGGAGAGAAACCUUACAAGUGUUCACUUUGCGACAAGAGAUUCAGUCAGUUAGAAAAUCUGAAAACACAUCAGAGGAUCCACACUGGAGAGAAACCUUACAAUUGUUCACUUUGCGACAAGAGAUUCAGUCGAUUAGACAAUCUGAAAACACAUGAGAGCAUCCACACUGGAGAGAAACCUUACAAGUGUUCACAAUGCGACAAGAGAUUCACUCAGUCAGGAUUCCUGAAAACACACGAGAGAGUUCACACUGGAGAGAAACCGUAUCACUGCUCUGCAUGUGGAAAGAGUUUCAGCCAUUCGUUUUCUCUAAAGAGACAUAAAAUAAGCAAUCACAUUAAGUAAUAUAUCCUCAGGUCCACUGCAUUCAAGUGCUACACUGCAUCUCUUCAAUAUAAAUCUGUCAUAAGAAACAAUCUAAAUUUGACACCAUGAAUAAAGAUCAUCAAGACCAGCAGUUUCUGUGAGAUUCCGAUCAACUCAAUGUUCCUCCCUAAAGUUUAUCUAGUUUGAUCUAAAGUUUUAUUCUUGUAUACAACAUUGCUUUGUGAUAUAAAUAAUAUUAUUAUGCUUUAUUACAAGUUUCAUUAUUUUACAACUGUUGUUCUAAUGCAUAUUUAUAGAAGUUUUUUAAUGUUCUUGUUCAUUAAGCUGAAAAAGAACCUGGUUUAUUUUUCACUUCAUAUUCACUGUUGUUGUAGGUGUUUUUUUUAUUAUUAUGUUUUUUUUAACAACUAAUUAUUCUUCCACUUAGGCUGUAUUUUACAAAAAGCUUGUGUAAUUUAUGGUGCAUGUAGUUUUAGUGUUAUGGUCUGAUCCAUCU